CCUCGAGUCGGCUCCGCGAGUCCGUCGUGAGCGAGCGAGCGAGCAGCGCAGGCACCAGCCAAAUCGUGGGUGUGGGCUGGGCCGCUGCGACGAUGCAUGGAGGGUGCUGUGCGACUCGAUUACAUAUCCAACAACCUGCUCAUCAGGCCACCUUCACCUCAGAUACCAGAGCCACAAAAAUGCAGCGGCACCAGUGACUUCUGCGAGUCAAACUAUAAUUCACAAAUGCAGUUGCGCUCGCUGCAACAACAUGUCCCCAAUUAUUCUAAAAUGGAGCGUCCACUAAGAGAUGGACUUGACGAAAGUCAGCACAUUGCUGCCGCUCUGGCUCUGCUGGACGAGGACGACGAUCCGAGACGUUUCGGCAACCAUUGGCUGAACAAUACCAACAACAACGACCCCUGGCCGGUCAACAACAACAACAGCAUCUGGUCCAACAACAAUGUAAUCGAGGAUAUGCCGCUGAGCCCCUCCCUGCCGAGCCAGGACGACCUGCUCAGCUAUUACCAGGCGCUGGCCGAGGCUCAGCCGGAGCACCCGCCAACCAUCCUAGACCUGUUGACAGCCUUCCCGCAAGACGUUCCUCCUUCCCCUCGCAUCAAUCCCAGUGUUCCUCCGCCGAAUAUUCUUAGGGACCAGAAGGCGUACACCAGCAGCCUAAACCAUCCUACGAUGCCACACAAGUCUCAUGGCCAGCAGCAAAUGCAGAUCCAGUUGCCGCCGGAAAACAAUUUCCGGCACGAUUCUUACUCAAAUUUUCCCAAUGUCAGGCACCAGCCACACCACCUUCUCUCAUACAAAAAGCAAUUCGAUCAAAAUGAUGAAACUGCAGCGCUGCAGCGCCUGAUGAUUUCAGCCAAGCCAAAUCAACACCAGCAACAAUCCUCCUCAAUGCUCAUGUCAGGCCGUUGCAUGCCUCCACCGUGCUGGUCGGCGCCUGCCACGGCCAUGAUGCCUUUCCCCUCGUCGUGCUACCACCCACAGAUGCCCAUCCUGGCCCUGGCCAGGGUGCAGAGGAAAAUGUGUAGCUCGCAGAAGUUGCACGCCCACCUCGAGGUUUGCUACGAGCAGUUCAGGCAGUUCGAGAAGGAGCGAAAGCAAACCGAGGCCAAACUGGCUUCCAGCCUGCCCGGCCGCCACUGGAGUUCGGCCAACACCUUGCCUGUGCCAAAACUUCCACCCAGUCCUACUCGAGUUGACCGCCUCAUCAUCGACAACAUCCGAGAACACUGCAGGGUGUUGACGCUGAUUGGGAAAAUGGAAAACCUUGGGAUGUACAAAGUUCCUCUCACUGUCCAUCUUGCCAUUUCCCACUGGAAAGACGCCAUCCACAGGGUGGAGGAAGCCCGUCGUGCUGAGGUCGAGACCCACAAGGCCAACCACAACCUGCUCGUCUUCAAGGGACCAGCGGCUGCCUCCCUAAUUGACGAAAACAAACUGGAGGAAAAGCUAGAGGCGCUGGUGACCACCAUCAGGCAGCUCUUCAUUGGGAUCCGCGGUGCUCGCACCGCCCUUUGGGCUACGUUGACGUGUACGAUUUUGGGUGCCCAGGAUCAAGAAACCUCCACACCUGCUUUAGAAACCACCAAGUAGAAAUCGAAGCAAGGGACCCAAACCGUCGUACUUUACUCUUUGUACAAGAUUUACACACUAGAGGACUGUUUAUUUGACUGACAUUAUAGAGUAAUAUCGCAAUAGACGACUGUUAGAGGCAUACGCAGAUCAAGCCCUUUACGAAAAACUUCCGGAUUGAUUUAUUCGAAGAAGCAAAAAGUCUUUAAUGUAUAUCACAGUCUUUCUUCUCGCUUGAAUUUUUAAGAGUUUAAAAUAAUAACGUUGUUUAAUAGAAUGGGCAAUUAGAAAAGGUGCGAAUCCUUUUACUCUCUCAUCAUAAUACUUUAAAUUUACUGGUGAGAUGCUUUGUUGAUCAACUCUACUAAUCGUUUUAAUUGAUAAAUAUAUCCCCACCUCAAGCUAGGCCUCCUAAUUCUCUCUGUGAUAUUCUAUGCUAUUUUCAACAAUUGUCAAGCCACACGCAAAAUCCAAGUUCUAAGUAAGAAGGUGACUUUAAAAUGAAAAUCAACCCCUGCUUCAUCGAUUAUUUCCUGCCAAGCAAGUUUCUCUGCUAAAAUUUUGUAAUUUUCCAAUUAGGAUUUCGUAGAGGUCACACAUAAAUACAAUGUAAUUGGGCAUGACGGACAAAGUAGAGCGCGGUAAUAAGUGUUUAUAUAAUUGAUGGAAUUUGAUUCUUAAUGUUAUUCUUAAAAAUCCAAUAACACAACUAGUGCUUGAUGCUGAUGCAAGGGCGAUUCCUUUACGCAAGCUGGUCGCGCUGAUUGAUGCAUUGGCAAGUGACGAUUUUAGCCCAACUGACCAGGUCAAAUUUAGCCAAGUUGACCUUUCCAUUACUGAUAUUUUUAAUAAUUGAUCGAGUGUGUGUUCUCACAGCUGCUUGCCACUCCAUUGCGAUUUUUGUGAAACGAGAAAACUGUUUUAAGAAUCUACUGAGUUACUUUUUAUGUACUACUGCAAUUUCUGCUCACUUUGUUAGUUUUCUACUUACGUUAGGAAAAGUGUGCUGUAUAAUGUUUGUGAAACACGUUGCUUUUAUAAUAUACACGAAUUAUUAGACUUACUAAGUCGGCAAAAUUCAUCAGAAAAAAAACUAAUUCUGAUUUAUACAGGGGUCUGUCUGUGACAGGCGUUUUUGUAAUAUGAGCAAUUAUAAAUUAAAAUAAAAUGCAUUAAAUGAAUACACACAUUUGCAGUAGACGUGCUGGACACAUUUGCUACUUGGCUUGUAUUGUAUAAAUCAAUUUGAUUUCGCUGAGCCCCAAAACAAAAGUUUUGACUUGUGGGGUUUGUUUCGUUAACGCUUUUUGCUAGUUUUGGAAUUUGUGACUUUGUCUUUCUUUGAGAGGCUGAAUAACAGUUGUCUCAAGAGUCUUGAUGGUGCAUAAUAAUUAUAAGUUGUUCCAAUCGAGUAAAAUUCUUACUCAAAACUAUAUUACUAGAUUUGACACGGGCCGUGCUAACUCUUGCCUGUCCGAUAUCAAUCGCCCUGAAGUAUAUCUAACUAAAAAUACAAAUUGCACAAUCAAUCAUAAAUACGAAGAUGCAUAAAUAAUAAUACAAGAAUAUUUCAAUGUUUGAUAUAUUAAUUAUUCUUGUUGUCGUAGCUGAUGAGUGGAUUUAGCGGGUCCAAGGGUUGCCUGCUAUCUUAUUUCACAAUCGAUCGGAUGUUCAAUUUUAUGUACACACAUUUAAUUGCUGUUAGUUUUGAGACCAGUUAAAAGAUGAGACAGGCUUCCCUGGGUUCUGAGAGUCGUGCUACACCAAUAUCUUGCGGCAUCUUUUGAGACACACAGUUUUAAUAAUAUCACACACACGUUAUUCUACUUAAAACUUCUUUCUUAAACGCUAAAGGCAAAAUUAUUAAAAUAAUAUAACAUAUAAUUGUGUACGUUGUGAUACUAUGUUUACACGAUGAACAUUGUUCGACAAUCUCUGGAACAUAAUUAUACUUAUACAUGUUAAUAUCCCAAGUGUAUUCACUAGAAUUUUAGGCGGCAGCGACGGCCGCCGCAAGUCGUUUAGCUCUCUAGGGUAAAAUCAAUGUGUUAGAUUUUAGGCUGUGCCGCUUAGAUCGAAAGAUAAAUUUUACCUUUGGCGAGAGUAAAUUAAAAUAUAGCAAAACUUAUAUAAACUAUAUCAGCGUCUGCCACUAAAGCGUUUGUGGAAAAGCUUGUUUUUCGCAUUAGACUUUUUAUCAGAAUAAUUAUGACGAAGAAUUGUUCGCAGGAUCUGUUCGACGUGUUUUCGCUGCACUACUUAGAUUUUAAAAGUGAUGCGACAUCUAAAAUUACAGGCAACUUUAAAACAAUUAUCUGCUAGCGAGUUAAUCGUUUUUGACGCCAUGGAUGGCUUUAGGAGGAGAUUAUUUGUAAAAGUGUGUUUAGCACCAAAUCGCCACUUGCAUGACUCAGCAGCUUUGAAAAUUACAAAAAUUCGGAACCAGAGCUUAUACUUAAAUAUUAGGAGGGCGGUCCACAUUUAAACAGACAAAUUCGCGGCAUGUCGAGAUCGGACCCCGCUAAAUAAAAACAAAAGUUUCCUUAAAACGAGAUCGCCCUUAUGAGAGAAUCAACACGAAGUAAAUAUAAUACAAGUCAGGUGCUGUGCUGAGUUGUGCAAAAGCUCCUGUUCAUGAUGAUUGCAUAAUCAUAAAUGUCCCUGAAAUGAGAUAGCUCAAAUUCAAAUGCUUGCAUAAUUUAAUCAAAACUGGUUACCUCCUCUUUCUCUACCACAAUCAAGCAUACUUAGCCGCUUAAAACAGAGGAAUUAUUGUCUCUUACGAGGUAUUUUAGCUGAUUUUAAAUAUAUGUGGUAUACCCGUAGACCAAACCGGCCAUUAUCCAUUAUAACAAAAAACAUAACAAUAUUAUCGCAGUUUUUGCUUGACAUAAUAUUACCAAAAGUGUGACAACACGGGCAGUCCCGGGAAAGAUGCAUUCUUUUAAAUAGUUGCUGAUUCUUGUAUUCAUCUGCAAAACGUUUAGAAAAUCGCUUGAGGCCAAAACAGUGGUGCUAAUCUAAAGAAAUAAUGUUGAUGAAGGGUUUUGGAUGCUUUUUGGCAGUGCGUAUGUAUUUGAUACCAAAAGUUCUCCAAAUUUGGCGCUUUACUCGGGCGUAUAUAUUCUGGGCAGGGUAAAAUUCUAGCUCAACAUUGUGGGAACAAAACCUUAGGCUUAGCUGCUUCGAAGAAUUUACACACUUAAUUUAUGCUUUUCAGUGUGUAUUAGUGAUACUAAGAAUGCCAAUCAAAAGUAAUCUUUAAAUUUUGCAGCGUCUAUAACAAUCCAUAUCAUAAAUAAAUUAUUAAAAGCAAAAAUAUUUUCUCAAAAAUUAACGCAAUUUCGUAUUUUUUGUAUUUUCUUUUCAUUCAAACGGAUCUUUCCAGGGACUGCCCUUAAACGAAGUAAUCUAAAAAAAUCUUUCGCGCAUUAUUAUGCAUUGCAAUCGUACUGCACACGUUUUUUAACUAUGAGUGUCUAAAUACCAAGGCUGUAAUAAAUAAUCACUAUCAUUGUAAGCUAGUUACGUGGGGUUAAAAUAUUAAAAUACUAUAUAUACUGUGACUUUAUUGAGAGUGAAAAAAUAGAAUUUUCGUGUUUUGCAUUGUCUUCGUACAUAAUAAUUAAAUAAUUACUAAUAAUCAAUACUAAUUAACUUCUCACACAUCCACACCGAGCAUUAAAUCGCUGGACAUUAAAAAAAAAAUUAAUCUGUUGUUGGCAAACUACGGCUAUCUAAAUAUUCUUUUGCGAGAUAUUUUUUGUUCUAUACCAAAGUAGUUUGUAGUUUUUUCAAUCUGUUCUGCAAAAGCGGAGGAUUAUAAAAAGAUAUAAUAUCAGUGAGUCUACAAUUGUACUUAGUCGCCUAAGUAGGACAGUGCUCAAAACUUAUCGUAAUGUUAACUAAAUAAUUAUGUGAAUCGAUCGAUCGACUUUGUAAACGUAAUAAUGAGAAUCUUUGUCGCAGCUCCAACUAAUAGCUUUAAAGUUAGUCAGCGAAUUAUGGAUUUGUCAUGUGUGUGUGUGUGUUUUUGUGUGAUGCGUGCGCGCUUGUGCGUGCUAUUGCUCACUUAUGUGUAUAUUUAAAUGUGUAAGGACCGCGCGCAUACCCAAUUCGCACGCGAUUUUAUAUACAAAUAUCACUUCUCCAGCAUCUCUGGCUUUUUCUCACAUUGUCGGCUCGCGUGCAAAAUAAAAAUAAAUGAUGCAGAAACAAUAAUAAACACACAAAUCAAACACGGCUAACCCUUCCUCUCGGUGCAGCGUUGGCGCGAGUGCAAUUGAGUAUGGGCGUGCUUAUAUUGACUGACUUGUCUAUCAAAAACACCACGCAAUAUCAAAUUUGAUUAUCCUUGCCACCCCCUAACACAGUCGAAAUUUGAGAAAAGAUUCGUAUAAUCAAAGCCUCGCAGCGAGUUUCUUCCGAGACACUUUACGGCGCAGGCAUCUCGAAUAGCAAAACUUUUUCCAAGAGAUUAAACUGCAUAUCAAAUCAAUACAAAUUGUCAGAGCUUAAGCAGGAUACAUUUUAAUUAAAUAAAAGAGAAAACAAGAAAAAUGAGAUAUGAUAAUUAUUCAAAAUACGAAGCAAAAAUAAUAAAUAUGCAUUUAAUCAAGUGAGAGAAGGUCUUUUUAUAAUCACGAGAGAUAGAAUUGCUAGAUGCUACUUUGUGUCUGUUUUUAACGCUAAAACCCAUAUCUCCUGAAUCGUUUCUUUGAUGAAUAAUUAAUUAAUUACGCACCGCCGACGUUUUUUCUCUACUAGCAGUUCUCCUUUUCGUAAGUUCCUUUGCUAGCCAGCUUUUCCCUGUGAUAUGUUGAUAAUAAAACUUGCGUAACCAACUCUCUUGUUUUUUGUUUGUUGAUAAUAGACUCAAAUCGUAAAAAUUCUAGAAGAUUGAGGUGUUGUAGACAUAUAUUGUGUUUAUUGUUACAAAAAAACUAAAUGAAAUUAUGAAUGUUAGCGACUCAUAGACUAUCACUCGGAACAAUAACUGAAAUAAUCAACAGUGUUAAACAAUUUACACAAUCCAAUAUAUAUUGUAUGGGGCUUAAUACAUGUUAAUUCCUUUGUGUGCGAAAUUUUCAACAAUAAAAACAAAUUUAAUUAUGAGAA